UUGGAUUGGUCAGAGAGACAUGCAACUCGAGCUGCGCAAAAGAUACCUGAAAAUUGGGAGGAACUAUGUGAGCACUCGUUCCUUCGAUUAGCAUACACCAUCAAAGAGGAAGAUAUCCCCUCCACACUCUACAUUAAUUCUAACCAAACCCAGGUCGUGUAUGCACAGGGCUGCCAACUCACAUGGGCGAAAACUGGAGCAAAGCAAAUUUCAACUGUUGGCAAUGAUGAGAAACGAGCAUUUACCGUCAUGGUUUCCAUUUCGAACGAUGGCACAAUGCUGCCCCUGCAAGCCAUCUAUCAGGGUUACUCAAAAGGGUCCCACCCAAGCCAGUCUGCACCAAACUAUGAAAACUGUAUCAGCGCUGGAUUUAAAUUCGAACAUUCAAACACGAAAGCUUACUGGUCCACGCACAUGACCAUGCACUCCCUCGUUGACAACAUCAUUGCUCCUUACUUUGAGCAGAAGAAGCAAGAGCUAGGUCUACCGCAGAUGCAGAAGACGAUCUGGCAAAUUGAUGUCUGGUCUGUGCACAGGUCAGAAGAGUUUCGGUCAUGGAUGAAGAUACACUACCCAACUAUUGGGUUGCACUACGUACCUGGAGGUUGCACU